UUUCGGUAAGGCACUCUGCACAUGCUUGCAAACAUUCGGAAUCUCCCCAGGUCUGCCACAAAACACCUCCCUUGUCUCAAAUGCUGAAAUGUAUUUUGGGAGCUGAUGAUAAAAGAAGCCAGCAGCAGCAGGCAGGCGGUGGCUGCCAAGAGAACUAUUUAUACGCCCUGAGUCAGGCCUGGGUCCUGCAAGCACACAGCUCUCCAAGGGCAGAAGCCCCAGAGCCGCUGUCUCCGCUGCCAGCAGUCGAAGGCGCUGAAGGAGAGCCGUCUCUCGGAGGAAGCUCAUGUCAAGGUCCCUCCCCUCGUCUUCCUCCUCCAGGGCCUCCAGGUGGCGUUCCUUGGGGCUGGAUGCGGAGCUGAGAUGGAGGUGGGAAGGUGCCAAGAGCCAGGUCUCCUGCCAAGGUCCAGUGGCCUCCUGGGGCAGGAGGCCCUACAAAGAGCCGCCCUCAGAGUGCAGGGACAUGGUGGUCCAGAACGCCCUCUACACGGGGGACCUGGAUGGGGUGCAGAGGCACUUCUCAGAGCGCGCCGAGGUCAACCUGGUCAUCCACGCCAAGAGCCAAGAUCUGCGCUGGACCAGCCAGAAAUGGGGGCUUUGGUCGCUGACCUACGAGCAGGAGCUGACCACCCCGCUGCACAUCACGGCCAGCCGCGGCUACCUGGAGUGCCUGCGCCACUUGUUGCUCCGCGGGGCGGACGUGGACCUGGCGCCGGGCGGCCGGACUGCGCUGCACGAGGCGUGCGCGGCGGCCACGACGGACUGCGUGCGGCUCCUGCUCUCCUUCGGCGCUGACCCCCUGGCCGUCUCGGAAGGAGGGCUCCAGCCGCUUCACCUGUGCCGGAGCCCCGCCUCCCUCGAGUGCGCUCGGCUGCUGCUGUGCCACGGCGCGCGGGUGAACUGCGUCUCGGAGGAGGAGGAGGACACGCCGCUGCACCUGGCGGCGCGGCUGGGCCUGGCGGGCCACGUGCGCCUCUUCCUGAGCUACGGCGCCAGCCUGGAGGCGCGCAACGCGGAGGGGCAGACCCCGCUGAACGCCGCCUGCGCCCAGGCGCACCCUCCGGAGGCGCUGGGCGACUGCUACGAGGUGUGCCGGCAGCUGGUGGAGGCGGGCGCCAGCGUGGACGCCCCCGACGCGGACCGGCAGCGGCCGCUGCACCAGGCCUGCAAGGCCGCCAACCCCCGCGUGGUGGCGCUGCUCCUCGCCCGCGGCGCCAACGUCAACAUCAUGAGCUACAGCGGCAACACGGCGCUGCACAACAUCCUCCAGGUGGCCGCCUACAAGCUGGAGCACCGGCCCGAGCUGGUGGUGCGAGACCUGCUCAACCACGGCGCCGUCCGCGUCUGGCCCGGAGCCCUCCUCAAGGUCUUGCGCCACUGCUGCGCCUCCCCGCGCACUGUCGAGGCCCUCAUCAACUGUUACCCGCGCGUGCCCGUCACGGAGGAUUGGGCCGAGGCUGUGCCCGCCGAGCUGGUGCAGCAACACCCGCGCCUCUUCCAGUCGCUCUUCGCCCUGGGCCGGGGUCCGCGCGCCCUGCAGCACUUGGCGCGCUGCGCAAUCCGGAACCACCUCGAGGACCGCCUGACCCGCGCCCUGCCGGAGCUGCCCCUGCCGCCGGCCUUGCGCGACUUCGUGCUGCUCCGUUUCGAAGACGUCCUGUACUAGGCGGCGAGAGGGGCUGGCUGGCUCACUCCCGGAAGUCGAGAGGAGGGGGCAGGCGCAGUCCGAGGUGCGCAGCAGCUGAAGCCUCGGGGUGGGUCAGCGGGUGGGGCUGGAGUCCGCUCCCCCAGUGCAAAGGCUCCUUGCGGGUCCGUCCCGUCGAAGCGGGCAGCCCAGGCGACCGAGGCAACCGCCUGCAGCUGCUCCAGGCCACCGGCAGAGGGCGCUGGAGGCAGCGCAAUGCCCGAACUAAACUGCCGGGAAACUUUUCCAGAAGUGCAACUUGCCAGCGCCGUUUGGGGCUUAGGAACCGGGAGGCUUCUUGAGCCGCGGGCGGUGGCUUCGCUAAGGAGCGCUGCGUGGCCCCCUCGCGUGUAUUAAAUUGGC